CACAGAACAAUCGUAGGAAAACCCCAAACAUGGCAACCAAAAUGAUCCUCCUGAACCUGCUAACAAUUCCCCUCCUCUACUUCUUCCUCCGCAAGCGCAAAGCCAUUGCCGCCACAAAGCUCCCUCCGCAACCACCAGGCCUCCCACUAUUGGGAAACCUCCACCAACUCGGCUCAUUUCCUCACCGAUCCCUCAACUCCCUUUCUAAACAAUAUGGCCCUAUCAUCCUUCUCCGAUUAGGCAUCGUCGCCCCCACCGUCGUCAUCUCCACCGCAGAACUCGCGGAACAAGUCAUGAAGACUCAAGACCUCAUCUUCGCGAACCGUCCACCGUCGUCCAUGGCCAACCAUCUCUUCUACAAUAGCACGGAUAUCGCCUUCUCGCCUUACAACGACUAUUGGAGAAUGAUGAAGAAGAUAUCCAUCGUCCAUCUGCUGAGCAACAGGCGCGUGCAAUCGUACAAGCGCCUGCGGCAGGAGGAAAUGGAUCUUUUAAUUGCAGAGAUUCACGCUGCGUCCGCGGCUGCGGAGGCGGUGAACUUGAGCAAGAGGUUGAGGGUUCUCACGAAUGAUAUCAUAUGCAGGGUGGCGUUGGGGAGAAAGUACUCUGGGGAGACGAGAUUUCAAGAGAUGUUGGAUGAGUUUCGGAAGUUGUUGGGGAGCUUCCCAAUGGCGGAUUUUUUUCCUUGGCUGGGUUGGGUGGAUAGGGUCAUUGGUUUGGAGGGAAGAGCGAGGAGGGCUUCGAAGGAGUUGGAUGAGUUGUUGGAGCGGGUUUUGGAGGAGCAUCUGAGUAGGAAAAAGAGUUCAAAUGCGAUUGGGAGCAGCAAAGAAUGUAUGGAUUUGGUGGAUGUGCUGUUAUCAGUUAAAGAAGAACAUGAUUCCAACGAUGAUGCUGACAUCGCCCUUGGUAAAGAGCAUAUUAAAGCUCUAAUUCUAGAAAUGUUUGCUGCUGGCACAGACACAACCUUCACCACACUAGAAUGGGGCAUGGCAGAGCUCAUAAAGCAUCCAACAGUGAUGCAAAAGGUUCAAAGAGAGAUAAGAGAUACUCUUCGAUCGAAACAAGUUAUUGAACAAGAAGAUAUUGACAGAUUAACUUACCUAAAAGCAACUAUCAAAGAGACAUUAAGAUUGCACGUUCCGGUUGCUCUGCUAAUUCCAAGACUCACAAUGGAAGACACUCAGUUGCAAGGCUAUGACAUUCCUGCUGGAGCAAGAAUAAUAAUCAAUGCAUGGGGAAUUGCUAGAGAUCCUAAUUAUUGGAACAGGCCAGAAGAAUUUUGGCCUGAUAGGUUCUUAAAUAGCAAUGUUGAUUUUAGAGGACAACAAUUUCAACUUACACCAUUCGGAGCGGGGAGAAGAGCCUGCCCGGGGAUAGACUUCGGAAUUGCCGUUAUAGAAUGCACCCUAGUGAACUUGUUGUGAGAUUUUGACUGGGAGGUUCCGAAAGAAUUGAAGGAUGACGUUCUGGAUAUGAGAGAAAUUGGAGGAAUAAUAGUUCAGAAGAAGCACACACUUUAUCUUAUCCCAAAGUUGCAUUCUGCACUACUUACCUAGCUAUUUGGUUUAAUUGUAUCUGCAAAGAAGAAAAGUAAUAGGAUUUUUUAUGAGUGAAUUAUUAGGGAAUAACAACUCGCAUGUCAGGCAUUGUUCAAACAAAAAUACAGUGUUAUGCAACCUAGAAGGAGAAUUACAAUCAACUUGGCAACAAAUUUGGGAAUUUUACA